CCGACCCGAGAGGAGAGCGGCGGUACUAUCUCGGCGGCUCUCACUGUAUUAUGGCUGUAUGAGAAUCUAGACGACCAUCGUUGCUGUACCGUGACGACAGAUAGAUAGAAAUAUAAACAUAUACCUGUAUUUGUAUUUGUAGUCUGUUAGUUUUCUUUUGGACUGGGUGUUUCAGCUCGUCAUAAUGACAGCGCUGUCGCUGCUUUUGAUCGCCGUGUCGGUCGCUUCUGUUCUGGCCGGGUCCACUGUGUAUUUCCGAGAGCAGUUUGAGGAUGCUGAUGCUUGGAAGAGUCGCUGGGUUGAAUCUAAGCACAAGUCUGACUAUGGCAAGUUUGUCCUGACUGCAGGAAAGUUCUAUGGAGAUGCAGAGAAAGACAAAGGUCUUCAGACCAGCCAGGAUGCCCGCUUUUAUGCUUUGUCAGCCCGUUUUGAUGACUUCAACAACAAGGGCCAGCCUUUAGUCAUCCAGUUCACUGUGAAACACGAGCAAAGCAUUGACUGUGGUGGAGGCUACAUCAAACUGUUUCCAUCUGUUAUCAACCAGGAAGACAUGCACGGAGACUCUGUCUACAACAUCAUGUUUGGUCCUGACAUUUGUGGCCCUGGCACGAAGAAAGUUCAUGUGAUCUUCAAUUACAAAGGCAAAAACCAUUUAAUUAACAAGGAUAUCAGGUGCAAGGAUGAUGAGUACUCCCACUUGUACACAUUGAUUGUCUACCCGGACAACACUUACGAGGUCAAGAUUGACAACAAGAAGGCUGAGUCAGGAAAUCUGGAGGAUGACUGGGACUUUCUGCCCCCCAAAAAAAUUAAGGACCCUGAGGCUAAAAAGCCAGAGGACUGGGACGACAGGGAGAAGAUUCCUGACCCUGACGAUAAGAAACCAGAGGACUGGGACAAACCUGAAAACAUCCCAGAUCCAGAUGCCAAAAAGCCAGACGACUGGGAUGAUGAGAUGGACGGAGAAUGGGAGCCUCCUAUGGUCACCAACCCUGAUUACAAGGGUGAGUGGAAGCCCAGAGAGAUUGAUAACCCUGCCUACAAGGGUAAAUGGAUCCAUCCUGAGAUUGACAACCCAGAGUACACAGCUGACCCAGAGAUCUACAAAUACGACAGCUUCGGUGUGAUAGGACUUGACUUGUGGCAGGUCAAGUCUGGCACAAUCUUCGACAACUUCCUCAUCACCAAUGAUCCAAAUCUGGCAGAGGAAGUUGGCAACGACACUUGGGGCAAAACUAAGGAUGCUGAGAGGAAGAUGAAAGAAAGCCAAGAGGAGGAGGAGAGGAAGAAACGUGAAGAGGAGGACAAGAAGAGGAGAGAGGAGGCAAAGGAUGAAGAGGAAGAAGAAGAUAAGGAUGAUGAGGAAGAAGAAGAGGAAGAGGGGGAAGAACCUGAAGAGGAAGAGGAAGAAGAAGAUGAAGGGACUGACUCUAAACUUAAGGAUGAGUUAUAAACUCAGGGACUGCUCAGACUGUCUGCUUCAGUGGGCCACAGGAUCCAGGCAGGAGACUUAUGGUAGACCCUCAUGACUGACACCCAGGGGUGGGCUGGGUGGGACAGGCUUUUUCAUUUGUUUACAAAGCGAGGGGAUAGGUCAAAAAGGGCAAUUACUGUUCUGUUUCUUGUUUCCAUGAACCACUACUACUACUAUAAUUCUAAUUAUUAUUAUUGAAAUUGGAAUAAUAAAAAUGAUGUUGAAAUGAAUGAAUGGCUGGUAAUUAUAAAGAAAUAUAAAUCAUCAUUCAUGUUUUCCAGAGAUCUGGGUUCUUAUGAAGUUGUGGUGACAGGAAGAGAUGUUGUGUAUGGAUUGUGCCAUGAAAGUCUUAUGUUUACCUCAUUUGUUUUUGUUAAAUUGAAUAUGUUUUUGUUUUAUUUGUUUUUGUAUAUGUUUUGUUGUCACUCAUGUCAGUUUGGAAGGGUUGUGUAGAGUUGGAUGUCAUUGUGCAGGUUGACUUGCCUGCUCCUAUUUAAACUGAUUCAAACAAAGGUUAAUAGGAUCUGUAACAUACCUGGACUAAGUCGAUCUUUGCUCAAAAAACUGUCUGUCAUUGGAUGCUAGUAUGGGGUGCUUUAACAUGAAAUUCAGCACAUAGUUUUAUACUGUAUGUAAUUAAGACUUUUUCACUUCAGUGCACCUACCGUACUAUAGUCUUGUGUGCUAAAAUAAUCUGUACUCGGAGUUAGUUGUACACUUCAGUAGGAGUGAAACAUCUUAUUAGAUACAAAUUCAUUCUUAAGUUUGCCUAUUAUUGGUGUAUGCAACCAGUUUUCUCAUUUCUGUUGUACUGUACUGCUGUAGGCCAAUAUUCUGUCCCAUGCAGGCUGAAAGAGCCUCCUUUUGUAAAAGACGCAUUUUGUACUAAUGGUAGGGAAAUGAAGUGGGACGAUUUUCAUGUUGCAGUGGGAAAAAUCACACAAUUGUUCUAUCCAAUAAAAACAGAAGAAAUCA